ACUAUUAGGAACAUUAUGGUAUUUCCAUCCUCUUUAGAUUCAGUAGAGAAGAAUCCACCAGGUAUUUGAAGGGAGUCUUUAGCCAAGCGUGGAAAGAACAGCUUGUGGAGAGCGGGAUAACUCUUGCGUUCUCUUCCAACUUCUCAGGCAUCCUGGAAACGAUGAGUUACUACAUGGAUACAACUAUUGGGAACCAGUCUCAUUAUCCCCUGCCUCGUCCUGUGAUGAUGAGACCUGGAGAUGCCGGUUCCUACGAAGACCCCUGGAUGAGCUGCGGGUUCCAGUCCAAUUGCUACCAGCAGAGGGCGAUCUAUUCCCUUUGGGAUGAGACGGCAAUCCAGGAAGUGCCCACCGGCUUAGACUAUCACAGCACAGAUAUGGAAUGUGCAGAUGUGCCUUUGUUAACUCCAAGCAGCAAAGAAAUGAUGUCUCAGGCAUUAAAAGCCACAUUCAGUGGUUUCACAAAAGAGCAGCAACGACUGGGAAUACCCAAAGAUCCUCACCAAUGGACAGAAACUCAUGUACGGGACUGGAUUAUGUGGGCCAUGAAUGAGUUCAGUCUGAAGGAUGUGGACUUCCAGAAAUUCUGCAUGAACGGAGCUGCCCUGUGUGCUCUAGGGAAGGACUGCUUCCUUGAAUUAGCACCAGACUUUGUAGGCGACAUUCUUUGGGAACAUCUGGAGAUGUUGCAGAAAGAAGAGAUCAAGCCAUAUCCAGCAAAUGGAAUAAAUGCUGCCUAUCCAGAAUCUCGCUAUACGUCCGACUACUUCAUUAGUUAUGGCAUUGAGCAUGCUCAGUGUGUGCCUCCAUCAGAGUUUUCUGAGCCCAGCUUCAUCACAGAGUCCUACCAGACUCUCCAUCCAAUCAGCUCUGAGGAGCUCCUGUCUCUCAAAUAUGAGAAUGAGUACCCAUCAGUCAUUCUUCGCGACCCAGUGCAGAUGGACUCCUUGCAGACAGACUACUUCACCAUCAAACAGGAAGUCGUAACACCGGAUAACAUGUGCAUGGGGCGUGCCGGCCGAGGUAAACUCGGGGGCCAAGAUUCUUUUGAGAGUAUAGAGAGUUAUGACAGUUGUGACCGUCUGGCACAGUCCUGGAGUAGCCAGUCAUCCUUCCAGAGUCUCCAGCGCGUCCCUUCCUAUGAUAGCUUUGAUUCGGAGGACUACCCUGUCCCUCUACCCAACCACAAGCCCAAAGGCACUUUCAAGGACUAUGUUCGAGACCGAACUGACAUGAACAAGGACAAACCGGUCAUUCCUGCUGCUGCCCUGGCUGGUUACACAGGUAGUGGACCUAUUCAGUUAUGGCAAUUCUUGCUGGAACUUCUGACAGACAAGUCCUGCCAGUCAUUCAUUAGCUGGACAGGUGAUGGCUGGGAAUUUAAACUUUCUGAUCCUGAUGAGGUGGCAAGGAGAUGGGGCAAGAGGAAAAACAAGCCAAAAAUGAACUAUGAGAAGCUGAGCCGCGGAUUGCGUUACUACUACGACAAGAACAUCAUCCACAAGACCGCAGGAAAACGUUACGUGUAUCGUUUCGUAUGCGAUCUGCAAAGUUUGCUGGGUUACACUCCGGAAGAGCUCCAUGCCAUGUUGGAUGUGAAGCCAGAUGCUGACGAGUGAAUGGAUCCAUUUUACCAAAAUUGAACAAUCUGCAGAACAUAAAGGACUUUUAUUUCUUUCUUACCCCCAAUCGUUAUUUUCCUUAAAAAAAAAAAAGAAAAGAAAAGAAAGAAAAAAAAAGCAUAAUUUUUCAUUGGCCGUACUUAAGAAAGGGGUAGGAUUUUAAGCUUUUGAAUGAAACUGUGACCUAGGUUGGCUGGGAGGAGGAAGAACUAAGUUUCCAAUUCUCAUCUUCUUGGAGUUGUGUUUGCAGCUGGGAUUUUAGAAGUCAGGAAAAUGUCCAUCGUUUUGUUACAUCUAUUUAAUGAAUCCAAAUCAUCCCCCUUUCUUCCCGGUUUUAAAAACUGACAAUCGGUGUGUUUGUAAGACAGUGUUGUCUUUAACUGAUGGAGAACAGUCUUAAUCCUGUUUUAAUCCUGUUUUACAGGGGAAAAUAUAUCUGAAUAAUCAAGUACUGUGAUCUCAGAUAAUUUUUGCAUUUCAUAAGACAGGUCUCUGUUCUUCUGUUUGUCAGGGGAGACGGGACAAAAAAAAAACACCAACCACCUCUUUUUUUCUUUUUUUUUAAAGAAAACGUUGAAAAGAAAUUGUAUUUUAUUAAAUUUUGUGCCAGUAUUUUUUUUUAAAUAGUCUUAAGCUCUAAAAUGGUUUCAGUAUUGCAAAAAAAAAAAUAUGUGUUUGUUUGUUUUGCCAACUGCGGAUUUUUAUUGCCAUUGAGGAAAAAUGAAAUAUGUCUACGUAGAACUCCACUAGAAAUGAGCAGACGGAAUAGACCAGUAGAUAACCAAGAUACAAGUAUAGGCUAAGAAUGGGGAACUCUAGAUGAAUGGAUGUUUUGCUUGAAUCCUAGAUUUCCUGCACUUUAUUCUCUUAAUAGGUCUCUCAAUAGAUCUGUGCCUCUGCUUGUGCAUUUUCAAUCAUGUCAGUUUCGUACCGAGAUUUUACUUUGGUUUUUGUCUGCGUGUUAUGAGGACAUGCUUAUCAAGGAUACUUUAAAGAACAGUCUUGUUCCACUGAUCAGGUAGCAUCUUUUUUCAGGCUAAUAGAUUUUAUUCAAAGAUUUAUGCUUUUUAUUGCGUCCAUCUAGAAAAAUGCUACCUACUCUGUCUGAUUUUUGCCUACCAUAAACUUAACAUGGCUCUCUUUCUACAAUUAUUCCAUUGUUUGCAAAGUUGAAUGGUGGAUUCUCUUGUUGAGGGGACAACUCAAUUGUCCAUCUGUUACGGCUUGUUUCUGCUUCUUUUCACAGGUAUCAGUUGUGAUGAAUGUUUCAUUAGUGCCUUGUAAUAGGACCAAAUCACUCAAUCCGGUUUUCGGAUUGAGCUGGAAACCCUCCCCGCCCAUAUUCAGUGCGAUUUUCUGAAUGAAGCUGAAUCGGAUCAGGUUUACAAUUAGAAUCAGAUUAGAGUCAAUCGUUUUGGAUAACAAUCUGCCAACCGGAGUGUUUUAUAAGGAAAGGUUCAAUAAUCUCUAGGUAUUCCGCAGCUCUUUUUAAAUCAUGGGUUCCCAACGUGGGACCCAGGGUCUCACAGGGGGGAAAUCUGAUUCUUAAUGGGGGCAAUUGGAACCUUGUUUAAACCAAGUUAAUGGCCUUUAACUCCGCAUGAGUAGGAGUUCACUUUUUGAAUAGUAAGAAUUAUAUGUCACCGGGGGGUGGGGGGUGGGCAGGGGGCAUUUUAGAGAUGCUUAGGUGGGGCAUGGUCAAAAAAAAGUUGGGAACCACUUCUUUAGGUAAUCCGGGCACAUCAAAAUAUAUAAUAAUAAUAACAGAGUUGGAAGGGACCUUGGAGGUCUUCUACUCCAACCCCCUGCCCAGGCAGGAAACCCUACACCAUUUCAGACACAUGGUUAUCCAACAUUUUCUUAAAAAUUUCCAGUGUUGGAGCAUUUACAACUUCUGCAGGCAAGUUGUUCCACUGAUUAAUUGUUCUAACGGUCAGGAAAUUUCUCCUUAGUUCUAAGUUGCUUCUCUCCUUGAUCAGUUUCCACCCAUUGCUUCUUGUUCUACCCUCAGGUGCAUUGGAGAAUAGCUUGACUCCCUCUUCUUUGUGGCAACCCCUGAGAUAUUGGAGCACUUCUAUCAUGUCUCCCCUAGUCCUUAUUUUCAUUAAACCAGACAUGCCUAAUUCCUGCAACUAUUCUUCAUAUGUUUUAGCCUCCAGUCCCUAAUCAUCUUUGUUGCUCUUCUCUGCAGUCUUUCUAGAGUCUUUUUUACAUCAUGGCGACCAAAACUGAAUGCAGUAUUCCAAGUGUGACCUUACCAAGGCAUUUAGGAUGGAGUCAGUAGUAUCUUUGCAACCAUUCUUCAUAUGUUUUAUUUCAUUUACUUCAUUUGUUUCAUAAAUGGGCUUCUGCCUUCUGAUCAGUGUCAGCUUUGGAAGCCAUACUUGGCCGGAAGCUUCCGUGCUGCCACUUUCUCAUGUGUGGGAAAGUAGGAGGAGGGGAUUUAAUAGAGGGGUUGCCUUUAGACAUAAUAACAUUCUACCUGCCAGUCAAGGUCAGUCCGAUCCUCCAUCUAGAGAAGGAGUGGCCAAAGUGCUGUCUCGAGAUGGGACGGUUGGCGAUUGGAGCAUGUGAUCGGCAGAGGAGUCAGGGGGUGGUUUUGGGGUUUUUGAUUUACUGAGGGAAAACCCUGAUCCCACAGAUUCGGAUUUUCCCAGAUGUGCCAGUUUACCUAUCCUAGUACAAGAACUUUGAAAGAUGCAUGCUUCGGAGUUUUUAAUUGGCGAGGGGUUUUUCUGGAACUCUGACAAUCAGUCUGUCUACAAGCAUAAGGAUGAGAAUUAAAGAGUAGGUAGUGAAGGCGUUAGGGGUCUUAUCUAAUUUGGCAGAUACUUUUGUUUUCAUUGAAUGGAUAUCAAAUAAAUCAGGGCCACCAAGCGCGUUGCCAAGUUACAAUAUAUGUGCUCAUUUUCUUCAUGCUAUGUGUUGUCCAAAAUUAAUUAGGCUUGGUGUUAACCAGUAGGUGCAGUUUUAAGAUGGGUUCCAACUCUACAGUUCCAUCAUCCUGACUUGGAUACAAGGAAAGAAUGCAAAAGCUGAUUGUUAUCCCCUCAAAUACCUGAGUCCUAAAUAUCUACUAUCUCAAAAAGAAAAACAACCCAUAUUUUAAAAUGCAUCUUUAAAAUAUUUGAAAAGAUGCUAUUCAUAGAUGCUAGCUUUCCCUGCUAGCUUCUGCUGUUUGUUUGCUUUGAAUAUCUUUCAAGAGGAGGAAAGGUUGAAGUUCAAUGGAUUAUUUUUUCCCCCUUUCUUCACUGUGUAUUAGAAUAUAUUUUAUGGUAGAGAGGGUCAUAGAAUAUUUGGAUAUUCUAUGAAUUUGUAUCCCCUCUUUCUGCCCUGUCUCAAAUCAUCCGCUGAUUUAAAAAUAUAACUCUAUUCCUUGACUCAUUUGUAAAGCAAUCAAAAAGCCUUUACAAAAACUCAUAUUUUUAGAGGUCUGGAUCCUAAGUCUUCACUCCCCUGAGUACAGCCAUGUCUACAUCUGUAUACGCGCUUUGUGAGACCAAUGGCUGUAUCAGUCUCACAGCUUUUGGGUCACAUUAAUCAUUUGUGUUGUUGUACGCUGAUGAAAUAUAAUGCAUCAAAUACUCUGCAAAAGAACAAACGUGGAGAGCCAACAUUUGCAAACCAGAGAACAGUAAUAUGAUCUUCACUCCCCCUUCCCCCUCAAAAAAACACCCCAAACUAAUAGAAAUGAAUCAUUUCAGUCAUGCAAAGUUGAAAGUGGGAUAACUUUGAGUUGCUUGAAAUGUCAGCGAAAUUUGACAUAGAGCAGGUCUGAGACCCUGCUACAUAACCUGUAGGAAUAGAAUAGAAUAACAGAGUUGGAAGAGACCUUGGAGGUCUUCUAGUCCAACCCCCUGCUUAGGCAAGAAAUCCUACACCACUUCAGACAAAUAGUUAUCCAAUCUCUUUGUAAAAACUUCCAGUGCUGGAGCAUUCACAACUUCUGGAGGCAAGUUGUUCCACUGGUUAAUUGUUCUCACUGUCAGGAAAUUUAUCCUUAGUUCUAAGUUGCUUUUUUCCUUGAUUACUUUCCACCCAUUGCUUCUUGUCCUGCCUUCAGGUGCUUUUGAGAAUAGCUUGACUCCCUCUUCUUUGUGGCAGCCCCUGAGAUAUUGGAACACUGCUAUCACAUCUCCCCUAGUCCUUCUUUUCAUUUCAUCAUAGGGGUAAGAGUGCAAAAAAUAGGAACAAAUAAAGUUGUUAAGAAAAACAAACGAAUUCACUAUAUUUUAGGAAGACCCAUUCCUCUAAUUGAAAUUGUCCCUGAUAGAUCAGAUUCAUUCUGUUUUUCAAAGGCAUUGCUACCUGAUACGAUAAAAAGGUAGUCUGUUUUGAGUUUAAUUUGCAUCUCAAGCGAUUUCAUGAACAAAUUCACGUUGUUUUCUUGGCAACGAUAUGAAAGUGGUUUGCUUUAUUUUCCAGGAUAUGUGUCUUUGUGUGGGUGUUUUCAGCUUUUCAGACUAGCCUACAGCUUUGGCUGUUCCAGAAGUUCUCCCAUCAAAGUCCUGGAUGGGACUGAUUCUAUUUAGCUUUUUCAUAAUCAGGGAAGUGCAGUUAGAUCCCUUUCAAAUAAAGCUUUUGUAGCAGUGAGCCACAACCAGGGUCCCCAGUAUCAGUUUGUCCCCCAAAUCUUGUCCCCCUUCAAAGCGUCUCUAAGAUUGUGACUAAAUUUAUUUCUGUUUAAUAUGACAGAAGGGGUCGAACAAAAUGUGACAGAAAGGGUCGAACAAAAGAGCCAUUGUCUUAAAAGUAUUUAAAUUAAUUUUAAUGUAAAAGUCCACAUGAAAUAAAUUUUAGUUUUUCUACUGAUACCAUCUGUUUCUUGAUAUUGGUACUAUCGCCUUCUUAAAACAGGCUCCUUGCACACAAUUUAACAGAAUAAUAGAGCUGGAAGGAACUUUGGAGUUCUUCUGGUCAUUCCCCCUGCUUAAGCAGGAGGAGCAUUUCAGACAAAUGUUUGUCCAAUCUCUUUUUAAAAGCCUCCGGUGUUGGAGCAUCCACAACUUCUGGAGGCAAGCUGUUUAAUUGUUCUCACUGCCAGGAAAUUUCUCCUUAGUUCUAGGUUGCUUCUCUCCUUGAUUAGUUUCCACCCAUUGCUUCUUGUUCUACCCUCAGGUGCUUUGGAGAAUAGAUUGACCCCCACUUCUUUGGGGCAGCCCUUUCUAACUUGCUACCGAGUGUGUCCUUCAGACUGAAACAGGUCAGGAAUCUCUGAGCUAUAGAAUGGGGAAGUGAAACUUGUAGUCAAGCUACACAUCCAAUUACAUCCCAAGCAGCCAUGUUCCUUAGCAAUGUGGACAGUUAUAAUUCAAUCCACGUGGAGCAGUGGUGGGAUUCAGCCAGUUCGCACCACUUUGGGAGAACCGGUUGUUAACUUUCUGAGCAGUUUGGCACACUGGUUGUUGGAAGAAAUCAUUAGGGCAGAGAACCGGUUGUUAAAUUACUUGAAUCCCACCACUGACGUGGAGGGUUGCAGAUUUUCCAUCACAGAUAAAUGCUUUCUAGUACAGGUAGUCCUUGACUUGUAACCAUUCAUUUAGUGACCGUUUGAAGUUACAACAUCACUGAAAACGUGACUUAUGACUGAUCCUCGCACUUAUGACCAUUGCAGCAUCCACAAGGUCAUGAUCACACUUCAAGCACUUGGCUUCCUGCAUAUAUUUACAACAGUUGUAGCCUCCCAGUGUCAUGUGAUCGCCAUUGGCAACUUUCCCAGCUGACUUCCAAGAAGCAAAGUCAAAUGGGGAAAGCUGGAUUUGCUUAAUGACCACGUGUUUCACUUAACAACUGGAACGAUUUACUGAAUAACCGUUGCAAAAAGGUCAUCAGAUUGGAUGCAGCUCACUUAACAUUGCAUUGCAUUGAUCCCAAUUACGGUUGUAAGUCGAGGACUACCUGUAGAGCUGGGAAUAGACUUUGCUGCAGUGAAGAUUCAUGUAAAAUGUCCUUUCAGAAUUGAUUCCUGCAGGAGCAUAUUUCACCUUUUCAUAGAAGUCAAAUGAAAGAGCAGUGAGUAAUUGCUGUGAACUCUGCAUUGGCGACAGGAAGGGCAUCCAGCCGGUAAACAAUCAGCUCCAUUCAGUUGUCUCAACCCCACCCCAAUGUAAGGGAAAACGGGGUCAUUAAAAGACACACACGCAAAAAUAGAAGUCAAAUAAAAAAGACACAUUGCUUCUUUUGGCAAAUGCUUUGAGUCCUUGCAAAAAAAAAAUUUCUAGCAGCUGGAAGAGGGUUCUGGAAAUAGGUUACUGAGAUAUAGGAACCUCUUGACUGACUAAAAGGUUCAAAACAACCCAAAAUGCUCCAAAAAAGAAUUACCGCCAAACUCAGAGAAUUGUGCGGCCUCCAUGACCCAAAGAACCUUGCUCAAACAAAAAACAACUGGGCUGCCCAGGCCUUCUUUCUGAUAUGAUUUUAUGUUAACCAGGCAAUCAUAGAGUGAGGCUGUUUGAAGUCAUGAAUGUACCAUAAAGGCUUUUGCAGUUUCCUCAAGGACUGUCAUUCAUCAGCAUUCCUGAAUGUAUUUUCACCUUAUCUCAAAGACUACCAGUAGAGAGGACAUGAUGUGGAGUUAGGAAGAUUAGCAGUGAUAGGCUUGCUUGCUUGGAUCACUUGUUAAGGUCUAUCUGGGCUGCCUCUUUUUUUAUGCCUUGUACUGCUUGUUAUAGAAUUGUUAAAGGUGUUGAGAAUAUUGUUAAUUAUCAGUAGCUCCAUCCAGAUCUGCAAAUGCUCAAAACAAAAACAACCCCUCCCCCCCCCAAACUCUUGAUAAUUCCACCAUUCUCAGUCUUCUGGUAUUGAUUACCUCAAGUAUCCAAAGUCUGUGUAGAUAGCUAGGUUGUGAGCAGUGGGAUAACGCCCAUAAACUUAGGACUGGCUGAACAUUCUUGGUAUGGUUUAGAGGAAGAUAAGCGUGGAAUUUCUGGAAAAGAUAUGAAAAGAAGAUUUUGAGCCAGGAACACUGAUAGCUGUCAUUCUUGCAACGAAAGAAAUGAAAUCUGGACCAAGGGCUCAGUUAGAUUUGAUUCCAGUGGAGUGAAAUGAGGAUAUGAGUAGAAAAGGAGAAAGAAGGAUUAGUGGAUGUGGGAAAGAAUGGUAUUCCUAAAACCUGGCAUCUUUUAUUUCCUUGUUGUCAUUUAUGGUAUUUGGGGGAUUUAGCCCUAAACCAAGAGAUAAAGACUAGACUCUAAGAUAUUAGUGUGUAUAUGUAGAAAACAACUUCUGUUGUAAGUGAAGUCACUGUAUCACAGAGUUAUCACCCUCUGAAAAUAGACAAUCAACAUAAGACAUUGACUGUUUUGGAGUAAUUCCAUUGUUGUAUUUUAAAUUAAUUUAGAACAGCAAAUUCAUUUGACAUGCUAUUCAAAUGGCUGUAUCCUUUGAAUUAUGCGUUAAAAAAAUCAUGUAACAGAAGCAACCUUUUUUUCAGGCCGAUAGACCCAGAUGUACUGAAAUUUUAAGUUUCAGAAUUCCAUUAAUUGGCCAUAUUACUUGCAGUUCCAGUAAUUAUGGUUCCAGCACCAUACAUGGACUAAAUUGUUUUAGAAAAUUUAACAACUAGAGUUCAAUUCUUACGUUUGUUUUAGAGUUCUGAAUGCAUUGUGCAAAAAAAUGGAUACUCACAACAAAUAUCUUGAAGCAAUAUUAAUGGUAGCAAAAUAUACAAUGGUCAAGAUUUUUUUCUGGGGAUCUAUUCUCAUUUUUUAAAAAAAUUCAGUCAAGUAUUUAUAAGAAAAAAUGAAACAAAAGUCAUAGUGAUACUUCUUAGCAUUCCUACAAUGCAAUCCUUUACUUGUUGAUUCAGGAGUAAACCCUGCCAACUUGAAAGGGAAUUUGGCCAGGGAAAAUGUGUAUAAUACUGAAGUUUUAGGACAUUAAUUCAGAGUAGCUUUCUCCAAGUUGUGUCUUCCAUUUGUGUAGAAAUCUGUAGGACUUUAACACAUUUGAUCAGGAAGGAUGGUUUAAACCAGUACUGGGUUCCACUUACCUUCGCUAAAGGUUCAGAACUGUGAGUGUGCACGGCGCUUCUGCCCAUGUGCAGAGCAUCCGUGAUGACAUCUGGGCGGGUGGGCGGAGCCUUCCGCCACCGCCACUACCAAUUCACCCGAACCAGGGCGAAGCGGUAGAAACCCACCACUGGUUUAGAUCAACUGAAGAUAAGACUAUUUUUGUAUUGUUGGGUUUAUAUCUUUUUGGAUUAAGCAUCAGCAAAUACUUGUGUUUUUGACAUGAAGCAGAGCAUCUCUACUCAAGUAUAUUUGGGAAAGUCUUUAUGGUUUAGAACUGGUUGAUUUUUAACCUUCUGAUAGCCCUGUUUUAUAUUCUAUCAAACUCUACACAUUCAUUAAAGAUUAAAAAAAAAUAUUGUACUUUUUUAUUCAAUCAUUUGCCUAGUAUUUGUGAUGGGGAGUUUAACAGGAAAGUCAGUGGCUGUUAAUUAGAGUCGAGUCAUCAUUCCUAAGUAGAUGGCACAAAAUAUUCCAGAAAGUUGAGUGUUUCCAGUUAAAAGCAGACUUGGAGAUGAUAUCGGUCCACUGAGAGCUUCCUACAAGGAUUAUCUUUCAGAACCAGUAAGGAUUUAGGUGGUCAUUGGUGUUAUUUAGAUUUCUGGUAACUUCAUAAAGAUAAAAAUCAACUCCAAGCCAAUUUGGAUUGUGUAGCUCACAAACAACUCCAUUGUGUUAUCUUGUUUGCAAAGCUGGUUUUGCCAUUGGCUUCUUCUGGGCUUUAUGGUUUGGAGCUAUUGAUUCUUCCGGCAUCCAUUUUGAAUGGCCUUUCCUCAACUCUUGGUCCAUGUUGCUUGGUCUACUUAGUGUUGACUGGAAAAAUUUUUUGCACCUACAACUUUCUGGCGAUCUUCCCAACAUUUUGAAUCUGAUUCAAAAUCCGAUUCAGUCUGUCCAGUUUUCACAACAGAUAUAUUCUCAGGGAUCUUGAAGGGCAAUGGAGAGCCAGCCACGCUGCAUGACAGCCCUGGUAGUGUUCAUCCCUUAUCAGUGUUUGUACCUAACUAUCUGCCAUCUACCUUUCAAUUGCAGUGACAGACAGGCAGUAUCAUUUUUUUUAAAAAAAGUGUGUGUUCUCCUUGCACUAGCAGAGAUACUUCACUCAGCUCCGUGAACUAGAUAAGGAAGGAAGGUGUAAAGUUAAUGGUUAUUGACAAUUGAAAGCUCUUGUCAAAAGGAGCUCAGGCCUCAUUCACACAUUACCUGUUUGGCUUACUUUUAAAACAACAACAAGGGUGUCUGCUUAACCACAGAAUGUGUGAAAGACUUGUACAAAAAGCCAAUUCAGCAUAGAUUACAGUUACUGCAGAACUGCCAUGUGAUUUUUUUUCAGUUACGUUUCUGACGGGGUCUCUAUAGAUGGAAUGAACUAGCGUCGCCAUUCCAAAGAUGUCUGAAGUAAAUGAUGCCUGAUGUAUGCAUAUCUAUUAUGACAGAAAUAUCUCCAGGAAUUAACUGCCUCAGUGAACUUUUUUUUUUAAAAAAAAAAUAUUGUGUUCCUUUUUUUUUUGUCAAUGUUUUAUAUCUGGUUUUUUUUUAAGCUGAUAAGUUUAGGAAAAGAAGAAAAGAUUGUUAUAUUAUGCUCUUCAACUAUUUUCCAACUUGUAUUUUCAUAUAAUUUAUAUUUUAUAGAAGUGAAACAAAAAAAUGCCUUAAAAGCAAAAUGUUUUUGUUUUGUUUUUUGUUUAUAAAGGAGAAAAAGCAGGUGCUUUUUAGGAGAAAAAAAAAAGAAGUGAAAGAAAACCAAACUCAGCUGAGGUAGCUUAGAGAUGUAGCGUUAUCUGUGUUUUUUAAGAAAUUCAAAAUCGCAACCUCUCCCACACUGAAGACUUAAUAGGGCGGGGAAGAGAUUUUGUUUUGAUUGCUGAUGCUGGCACAUCAUUCUUCUGGAGAGUUUUUAUAUACUGUAGCCUUAUUUCUGAUUGUAUUCAAAAUUAAAAUAUUGCAAAGA